AUGGCAGCUACAUCCAACGAAGCUCAGGAUUCGGUGUACGCACCGGAUGACCCCAACAAGCCAAUCCCCCACGAGGAACUUCAACCACGUCUAAAGAUGCCGCUGCGCCCGGAAAGCUCUACAAAAGCGCCUUGGGGUCUGAAACUCAGUGCCACGGACUAUGCAAAGCUCAAGGCAGGCUUCUGUUCCGAGGACCUCGACGACAGAUAUCUCUGGAUGGAAGCGAUUGCACUUCACAUCAAGGAGGGCCAGGGCGACGGCGUGGCCGAGAUCGCGACCAUUACGUGGGAUAAUGACCAUGAGAAGUCAUAUGAGGCGCCGGGAGAGCAGGCCAAGAAGCAAGCUGUAUAUCUAUGCAGGUGCAGUCUGAGGUGUGACUUCGAGACACUUCCAGAGUAUGACUACGACGUAUUGUAA